AUGUGGGUCAUUGGAUUCGGAUCAUUAUUUGGGAACAGCAUGGUGAUUUUCUUCCGACUUCGGAACUGGAAAUUAUGGAAUAACAACGUUCAGAGACUUUUUAUUUCAAACUUAGCCAUAGCAGAUUAUCUGAUGGGUAUUUAUAUGCUAGUUAUUGCAUCCAUGGAUCUGUAUUACGGUGAACUAUACUAUCUAACAGCAUUGACUUGGCGAGAGUCUAACCUCUGUAAACUUAUUGGUUUUGUGGCCCUCUUAUCAAGCGAGGCUACAGUUUUUCUCCUCGCACUCAUCACACUUGAUCGGUUUCUUUGCAUCACUUUCCCCUUUGGCACCAUCAAGUUUCGCAAUACAUCCGGACGGGUCAGUUUGGUCCUGACUUGGCUAUUGGCAUUGAUUCUUAGUUUUUCACCUAUUCUCCUCGGCAACAGUGUCAAGGAUUUCUACGGUUUCUCCGAUGUCUGUGUGGGCCUACCUUUCAAGCGAUAUUCGACAAAGAGUGGCUACAUCCAAUAUGAUGCAACCGAAUCUCUCUACAUUUUCAUCGAAAGCACAGAGACGGAGCACCGACCAUAUUGGACGUAUUCCAUUGCAUUGUACCUAGGUGUCAACCUGGCGGUGUUCGUACUCAUCUUUCUUUGUUACGUCAUCAUAUUCCUCCAGGUCAGAAAGUCGGCUCAAACUGUAAAGUCGGAACGCCAGCAGCGCGAACGAAAGAUGACUAUUAAAAUGGCGCUGAUCGUCGGUACCGAUUUUUGUUGUUGGAUGCCAGUCAUCACCAUGGGGAUCUUGUCUCAGACAGGAGUGAUCGAUUUACCGGUAUCUCUGUAUGCAUGGGCAGUGGUUUUUAUCUUACCAAUUAAUUCUACCUUGAACCCAUAUUUGUACACAUUUGCUGCUCUCGGUACUUGCAAGAAGCAAACUAAAUCACCACUAUCUCGAUCCAUCGUAGCGAUGGGUAACACAGUUGCUAAACGGAUGCCAUAG